GCCAGGAUCCAGAUCGUAGGUGGGGCCCAUGGGCACAUGAUGCGGAUUUCGUAACAAGCACACCUGAACUAAUCUGGCCUCCUCCGCCUCUCUCUUCUCUCUCUCUCUCGCUCUCCCUCUCUCAAUUUCCCAUAAGCCAAACAGCGCCCGCCGAUUCCGACUCGUCUCCGAUCGACAAUGAACCGUUACAAGGCACAACGGCGAGUCCAAAUCGACGAAUCGGAGACUCCCAAGUACGACGACGAUGUACAAGACGAAGAACAACAAGAAGAAAACGGGAUUCGAUUGAGACCGUCGGAUAGCAAUGUGACGGAAGAUCAGGAGCCGUUCAUGGGAUUCAAAGCCAGACGAAAAGCCUCCCUCCGUAGAGAAUACAAAGGAGACUACUUGGAUGUCCCUUCCCGCCCCUUCUUAAUGAAGAUCUUGCAAAAACAAGGUGACAAGCAAGUUUUAUUUGCUGAUAAAGUUUUGAAGUUCACUUCAUCAGGGAAGAUGAAACGGCGAAUUCUUAUGAUUACUGAUUUUGCAAUUUACAUUGUUGACCCUGACACCGAUGCACUUAAACGCCGGAUUGCUUUAGCAGCCGUAGACAAGAUGUGUUUGAGUGAAUUAAGUGAUAAUUUCUUCGCCAUUAUCAUUCCAACGGAGUAUGAUUUACUUAUGGCGAGUACUCGCAAAACUGAAAUUGUAACUGUCUUGGUUGAGGCUACCAAGAGUGCUUCUGAAUAUGAACUUGAGGUGGUUUUCUACAAUAGGUUUGAAUAUAAUGCUUCUGCUGACCUUGUUAAGGAAGUUCAAUUUGAGGAAGUUGAAGGGGGUGUUAGAACAAGAAUUGUGAGGAAGUGAGUUAGUUGCAGCAUGUAUUUUCCUUGAGUGAGACCCUUGUGGUAAGUUGCACUCUUCAACAUGUAUAAAGGAAAGAUUCAUUGGUCUGUGUGUGAGAUUCUGCUCAGCUUGUGGGCCACCCCCAAACUUAUGUAGCUUAUUUUUUUCUUGUACACACUAAAUAUAUUGUUUGUCAUUCUUAUUUGAAAAAAUGGUUUUGUAUAAAAUUUAUAGCUUUUUUUUUUUUUUUUUUUUGUGGGAGGUGAUACCUCCCGCACUUGGUAGAAAUUGUCACAUAGAAGAUGCCUCCAUUGUGCAAACUUUAUUAUUAUUUUACACUUCAAAUUUUGUGUUGUGAUGGCAAA